AUGCAAUGGUGGCACUCCUCCAAUUCGAGAUCUACGCUGGACACUAGACACUGGACACUGGACACUGGACACUGGACACUGGACACUGGACACUGGACACUGGACACUGGACACUGGACACUGGACACUGGACACUGGACACUGGACACUGGACACUGGACACUGGACACUGGACACUGGACACUGGACACUGGACACUGGACACUGGAGACCAUCACUUCCACUUCUCUAACAUCCCUGUCUUUUACCAGCCCUGAACCAGACAUCGUCACCGAAGAACUAAAUCCCCCCAAUGACCGGAUGGCUCGUGCAAGCCCUGUACACCACGUACUGUGGUGA